GUUGAAAGUUGAACAAUUUUCCUUUUGUUGUCUUUUGUGUUAAGCAGAAGAGUGGAACCCGAUCGAGCAGCAGCGUCUCUUCCCUUUUCCCCGAAUCCUUUUAAAAUUCCCUCCCGAACCUCUUCCCUUAAUACCCUACCCUCCCCCUGAACACAUCUCACAAUACGGUUCAGACCUGAUACUUUUGACCAGAGACUCGACUUCUUGGCCAGUCUAGACGAAAGACACUACUACAGCUAUGGACACCAGUGUGGUUGAAGGAGGGCUCAAUGUCACCCUUACUAUUAGGCUACUUAUGCAUGGAAAGGAGGUUGGAAGCAUUAUUGGCAAGAAAGGAGAGUCUGUGAAGAAGAUGAGAGAGGAGAGUGGUGCUCGUAUCAACAUCUCAGAGGGGAACUGCCCAGAGAGGAUCAUCACCCUGGCAGGCCCCACCACCGCCAUCUUUAAAGCCUUCUCCAUGAUCAUCGAGAAGCUGGAGGAGGACAUCAGCAGCUCAAUGACUAACAGCACGGCCACCAGUAAACCGCCAGUUACCCUGCGCAUCGUUGUGCCUGCCAGCCAGUGUGGCUCGCUCAUCGGCAAGGGCGGCUGCAAGAUCAAGGAAAUCAGAGAGUCGACAGGAGCUCAGGUGCAGGUGGCAGGGGACAUGCUGCCUAACUCCACGGAGCGUGCCAUCACCAUUGCAGGGACCCCCCAGCCCAUCAUCGAGUGUGUCAAGCAGAUCUGUGUCGUCAUGCUUGAGGUAUCUCCGCCUAAGGGUGUAACCAUCCCUUACAGGCCCAAACCCUCAGGCUCUCCCGUUAUCUUUGCAGGUGGUCAGGCAUACGCUGUCCAAGGACAGCACGCCAUUCCACAGCCUGACGUAAGUGAAGGUCAUUCUCUUACCAAACUCCACCAGCUGGCCAUGCAGCAGAGCCCUUUCCCCAUCGCUCCCAACAACCAGGGUUUCCAAGCUGGGAUGGAUUCUUCUGCACAAACUAGUUCCCAUGAGCUGACCAUUCCAAACGAUUUGAUUGGCUGCAUCAUUGGCCGUCAGGGGGCUAAGAUCAAUGAGAUCCGUCAGAUGUCUGGGGCUCAGAUCAAGAUCGCCAACCAAGUGGAGGGCUCCUCUGACAGGCAGGUUACCAUCACCGGCUCCCCUGCCGGCAUCAGCCUGGCUGAGUACCUGAUCAACGCCAGGCUGUCCUCUGAAGCUACUGGACUGGCAGCCAACUGACACGGAGGAUCUUCAUCAGCACCUGACGUAACCCCCCCUGCUUUUUUACAGAGUCCCUCACUGAAGUUAAUGCAAAAACCAAGUAUUCUCAACUUACUGUUUUCUCUUUUCCUUUGGUUAAACACCUACAUACUCAGUUGUAAUUACAUCAAUGUAUUUUAUUUAUUUAUGUUUUUAAAUUCCCUUUGCAAAUUGUUAUUUUGAAAGAUAUUUUGUUUUUGGUAAUUUUUUUGUGUUUUUGUGUUUUGAAAUGGGAAAAAUCUGAAAAGGCAUAAUAUUUGUCAGAUUUUUCUUACAAAAUGUUUUUUAAAUACCCAAUAAUAACAUACUAGAUGGACUGUUUUUUUCCCCUUACAUUUUUAUCUGUAUUUAUUUUUUAUUUAAUACACACCAGUCCUCGUGUUAGAAUUCACUGAUAUUUGACAUUCUUUAAAGCUGAACUUCCAGAACGAGGCAUUGUGGGCAAUGGGUAUACGUGGGGUGUAAAUGAUGUACUCUUUAAAACAAAAAUGUAAUGAAAGACAAUGUCAGAAAAUAAUUGAAACGUCUCUCUAAAGUGGGACUAUGAGGAGAAUUUUUAACUGAAUUCUGUGUCACCUCUUAUUUGCUGUAUAAUUAUUUUGUCAUUCCUGUUUCCAUCCUCUUUUUUUUUUUUUUUUUAUCUGGACAUUUGAGUGUUGUUGUGUACUGGAUU